GAGAAAAGCCAUUUUGUUGUGCUAGCUAGCUAUGUGGGUAAAGAAAGCCAUUAGUUGUAUGGGUCUGUGAUACCAACGCUAACUAUGUCGCGUUUAUGUUUUUGUUUACAACUGCAACAUCCAAAAAUUGAACACUUUAUUAUUUGUAAGUAGCGAACAGUGGCAUGGUGUAGCCAUUAAAGCUAAAGCUAAAGUGCUGUGAAGAAGACGAAAACUGGUAGCUAAAGUGAGCUGCAGUUUCUGGUAACAUACUGUUAGCUUGCUAUCUGUUUACUUAGCUGGUGGUAGUUAUGUUUUCUGUUUAAUUAACGUUAGUCAGUGUUUACAUGUAAAUGCGUUUUAAAUAGACUGGGACCUUUGUACUCUCAACCAAAGACAACGGGUUCAACAAAGAGGCAGAGUUACUGACUGUGAACAAGCGACUAAACAGUAUAACGUUGAACUUAGCAAAACACUUGAACCAUACAGCGUUAAGCCAAAGCGCUAAUCUGAUAAUGGCAGAGGACACCCGACAGGACAAGAGAGCCAGCUUCUCCGCUAUAACGGACACCAACGGGAUGGCCAGGACCUCCGCUGUGGCCUCAGGCAAAACAGGCGCUUCAAAGAAAUUAGUCAUCAAAAAUUUCAAAGACAGGCCAAAACUAGCAGAGAACUACACUGAAGACACAUGGCUGAAGCUACGUGAUGCAGUGGGAGCCAUCCAGAACAGCACCUCUAUCAAAUACAAUCUGGAAGAGCUCUAUCAAGCUGUUGAAAACCUGUGUUCCUAUAAAGUUUCCCCAACACUGUACAAACAGCUACGACAAGUCUGUGAAGAUCACGUUCAAGCUCAGAUUCACCAGUUUAGAGAAGAGUCUUUGGACAACCUUUCCUUCCUGAAAAGGAUGAAUCGCUGUUGGCAGGAUCACUGCAGGCAAACUAUAAUGAUCCGUAGCAUCUUUCUCUUCCUGGAUCGUACCUAUGUGCUGCAGAACUCCCUGCUCCCCUCUAUCUGGGACACUGGGCUGGAACUGUUCCGUAUUCACAUUGUGAGUGACAGUGCCGUUCAGAAGCGGACAGUAGAUGGCAUUUUGGAGCAGAUAGAACUUGAACGGAAUGGUGAGACUGUAGAUCGCAGUCUACUCAGGAGUCUGCUGGGCAUGCUCUCAGACCUGCAGGUUUACAAGGAUUCAUUUGAGGAACAAUUUUUGAUUGAGACCAAUCGGUUGUAUGCAGCAGAGGGACAGCGCCUGAUGCAGGAGAGAGAUGUGCCUGAGUACCUGCACCAUGUGGCUCGUCGAUUGGAAGAGGAGAAUGAUCGUAUCAUGAGCUACCUCGACCAGAGCACUCAGAAACCACUUAUUUGCUGUGUUGAGAAGCAGUUAUUAGGAGAACAUAUGACAGCAAUACUACAAAAGGGUCUGAGCACUCUGUUGGAUGAGAAUCGUGUCACAGAGCUGGCUCUCCUUUACCAGCUCUUUAGUAAGGUAAAGGGAGGACUUCCCACACUGCUGCAAUUCUGGAGGGAUUACAUCAAGUCUUUCGGUGGAGAGAUUGUAUGUACACCGGAAAAGGACAAGGAUAUGGUGCAAGACCUGCUGGAUUUCAAGGACAAGAUGGACAACGUGGCACAGAACUGCUUUGCACGAAAUGAGGGUUUCAUCAAUGCGAUGAAGGAGGCCUUUGAGACCUUUAUCAACAAGAGGCCCAACAAACCUGCUGAACUUAUUGCUAAAUAUGUUGAUUCCAAGUUGAGAGCAGGAAACAAGGAGGCUACAGAAGAGGAGCUAGAGAGAAUCCUGGACAAGAUCAUGAUAAUCUUUCGUUUCAUUCACGGAAAAGACGUGUUUGAAGCUUUUUACAAGAAAGACUUGGCCAAGCGCCUGUUGGUCGGCAAAAGUGCUUCAGUUGAUGCAGAAAAGUCUAUGCUGUCCAAGCUCAAACAUGAGUGUGGAGCAGCAUUUACCAGUAAACUAGAGGGGAUGUUCAAAGACAUGGAGCUGUCCAAAGACAUCAUGAUCCAGUUCAAACAGUAUAUGCAGAAUCAGAGUGAGCCCAGCAACAUUGAACUGACAGUCAACAUCCUCACCAUGGGCUACUGGCCUUCGUACACACCCAUGGAGGUCCACUUGCCCCCAGAGAUGGUAAAACUCCAGGAGGUGUUUAAGCUGUUUUACCUGGGGAAGCACAGUGGGAGGAAGCUGCAGUGGCAGCCCACACUGGGCCAUGCUGUGCUCAAGGCUGAGUUUAAAGAGGGUAAGAAGGAGGUGCAGGUCUCGCUCUUCCAGACGCUGGUGCUGCUCAUGUUUAAUGAGGGAGAAGAGUUCAGCAUAGAGGAGAUUCGUACUGCUACUGGCAUAGAGGAAGGUGAACUCAGGCGCACUUUGCAGUCCUUGGCCUGUGGGAAAGCACGAGUCCUCAACAAGAACCCACGGGGGAAAGAUGUGGAGGAUGGAGACCGUUUCAAUUUCAACAAUGAUUUUAAACACAAACUGUUCCGCAUCAAGAUCAACCAGAUCCAAAUGAAAGAGACGGUGGAGGAGCAGGUAAGCACCACAGAGCGGGUGUUCCAGGACAGGCAAUAUCAGAUCGACGCAGCCGUGGUUCGAAUCAUGAAGAUGAGGAAGACUCUAAGUCACAACCUGCUGGUGUCGGAGCUCUACAACCAGCUCAAGUUCCCUGUCAAGCCCGGCGAUCUGAAGAAACGGAUCGAGUCCCUCAUAGACAGAGACUACAUGGAACGUGAUAAGGAGACUCCAAACCAGUACCACUAUGUUGCCUGAGGGGGCGCUGCUGUCACUGCCAUGCUUUCAUCACAGCAAGUAUACAGCUGGCCUCCAAAACAACUACAGCCCUUCAGCCGCCCGACUCUCCUCUGGUGCCCACCUCUCCUUUCAUCCACGGUCCUGGGCGUAGUGUCCAGGUCACGCAGAGCUCCAUGGAGACGAGAAACUCAGCUGUACUUACCCCACUCUGUAUUCUCUUCAGUGGGUCUUGUCUGCAGUGGGGCUGGAGGAGUGGCCUGCGUUGUCGAUGGUUGGUUCAUGUGACUUACAAAUCUGCUAAUGCAAAACUCAACUAAAAAAAAAUAGCACUUUUUUUCCUUUUUCUCCCCUCCUUGGGAUUAGGAUUUAUUUUUCUUCAUCACGUCAAACUCAAAUCACUUCUUUUCUACCAUAGUUGGUUUGUCUUGAGUUUUAAGUUGUUGUUUUAUUUAAGUUUUUUGUGUCAGAGUUCUCUUUAUGAAUGGCUGCAUAAAGUGCUGAGUGUAAGCCUGAUCAGUUGCGUGCUUGGCCUGGCAGAUAAACGGCUCUUUAAGAUGUGAUGAGUGAGAGGACACUUAAGGAAGGAUGACAUGAGCAGCGGGGUGGGUGGGUAGGUGGUCCUGAUGUGUUGGGGUCUCUGUGGUUUUUUUUUUUGGAGCAUACAGAGUAAAUGACACAUGACAGUCAAGCCACUUGGGUUUUUUUCUUUGGGUAUCUUAUGUUUUUGACCAAAAUGUCCAAAUGUCUGAUGUCACGUCCUGAUGUUUUUGUAGAUCAGAUUGUAUUCUAUGUAAGAGUGAGAAAAGUGAACCUGAAUAAAUGAUAUUUAAUAAUUCA